AUGUCCGGGCGGAAAGAGCAGGGUGACCGUUCGCUUCGCGUGCGUGUUGGGAGCGGAAGGAUCGGCGUCACCGGGGGAGGGGGAUCGGGAUCGAGGGGGAUUCCGGAGGUUGUCGCUCCUCUCGCCGAGAGCGGAGUGAGGAUCCGAACGAGCGCGAGGGAUCGGACGUUGGAGGCGAUAAGCGACGCCCUGUUCGUCGCCCCGUUGGUGAAACUGGCUUCCAUCCACGCCCAGAUCCCGGACGCGAAGCCGUCCUACCUCUACGUCUUCGACUACGAGACUCGAUACGGCAGCUUCCCUCAGCCGUCUUCUCCGCUCCGACCGGAUCGGGAGGACGAUCGAACGAUGCAUUUUUUGAGCGGCGAGGCGGUCGCAUCGGUGUUGCAGAGGCUGGGCUGCGUGCACGGGGAGGAGUUGGCGUACGUGUUCGGGGCUCCGCUGGUGGACGGGGGGGGGAUGGAUCCGUUCCCAGGCAACUUCUCCCGGAAUGAGCAGGGGCUCUCGCUCGCUACCAUCGGCUGGUGGGCCAAUUUCGUCAAAACCGGGUCCGUCUUCGACUCUCUCGAUUCGGUUCGGGUCUCGGACGAUCUUCGAGACGUUCUCGGUCGUUGCAGGAAUCCGAACGGAUUGGAGCCGCCGGGGAGUCCCACGACUUCUCCCGUCCGGAAUCGCCAGAAGGACGUUCACUGGAGCCAAUUCGACUUCAUGAACCAGAGGUACCUCUCCAUAGACCUGCGUCCUAAAGUGAAGACUCAUUACCGGGCUCACAAGUUGAGUUUUUGGAUGUACCUGGUGCCGGCGCUGCACCGGGCAGGAGAGGACGUCCCCUCGGGGCAUCACCUCCUCCAUCAACAUCACAACCUCAGCACCUACGACGGCGUGGUCCGAACCCUCAUCUACACCCGUCCUCACCCGUCGACGACGACGACGACCACGACCACGACCACGACGGCGGCUGCGGAGACCACCACCGGCAGUCCUCCUUCGGAGACGUCGACGUCGAAGACGGAGACGAGUCCGACCUGGAAAGUCCUCUCUCCCUCGGCCGAAGGGAAUCAUCACGGGUCUUCCUCCGUUUACAGCACGGCGCUCGCCGUCACGAUCGGGAUCGGCCUCACCCUGCUACUCAUAAACAUCCUCAUCUUCCUGGCCGUCUAUUACCAGACGACGAGGAGGAGGAACUCCCAUUCUCCGCGCGGACACCCCUGCACCGGUCGAAAGGAGAACGGACAGAUCCCUUGCAGCGGAGUGAGCGUGGGGAUCGAGACGGAGGGGAGUUCCAAUCACUUGGGACCCGAGAAGCGGCUGCGAUUCCCCGCGGAAGGGCCGUGCGGGAGCCUCAGCCUCCCGCGUCCGACUCAGUACGGGGCGGGGACGUCCAGCCGGACCACCCAGACGUUGGUGCCGGUGCUGAAGAAGAGGGGAAUGGGGGGCGCGAGGACGAUAGAUGAGUGUUCGUGCGAUUUGGUGCAAGUCCGGCCGAGAGGGAGGCCGAGUCACACUCCUCCGCCGUUUCUUCCUCCGAAAGACGUUCGGGUCUGA